CACCCUCGCAUUUCAUACAAGAGAGAGAGAGAGAGAGAGAGAGAGAGAGAGAGAGAGAAGCUGUUGGAGCAUUUGGAGUGUCCAUCUUGCCAGAAUGGAGGUGGAAGAAGAUGGGCGUGUCCGUACAGGGACCGUGUGGACGGCCACCACACAUGCGAUCACAGCCGUCAUUGGAUCGGGUGUGUUGGCAUUGCCAUGGAGUUUGGCCCAGAUGGGUUGGAUUAUGGGUCCACUUGCCCUCGUUUUCUUUGCAUAUGUGACUUAUUACACAGCCACUCUUCUCACCGACUGUUACAGAUCACCCGAUCCUAUCAAAGGGAGGAGAAACUACACAUACAUGCAUGUUGUAAGAGCAUGUCUAGGUCCAAGAGAGGUAUUCGUAUGCGGCAUUGCACAGUAUGCAAUUCUUUGGGGAUGUGCAAUCGGAUACACGAUUACUGCUGCUACAGGCAUGAUGUCAUUCAAGCGGUCCAACUGCUACCAUAAAAAUGGCCCCGAUGCAGAGUGUAGCUCGUCUGGAAAUUGGUUUAUGAUAAUCGUCGGAGGAAUUGAGAUCGUGUUGUCGCAAUUACCAAACUUGGAUAAGGUGACAUUUCUAUCGGUCGUGGCAGCAGUGAUGGCGUUCGGCUACUCUUUCAUCGGCUUGUAUUUGUGCAGUAUAAAGCUUGCAUCUAACCAUGAGAUUCGAGGGAGUUUAAGUGGAGUUAAGGCAGGUAUUAUGGGUGUUUCUAUGUCUCAAAGGGUGUGGCAUGCACUCCAGGCACUUGGAAAUAUCGCUUUCGCUUACACCUAUGCAAUGCUUCUAGUCGAAAUUCAGGAUACUCUAAAAUCUCCUCCGCCAGAAAAUAAAACGAUGAAGAGAGCCACCAUGUACGGUAUCACAAUUACGACAAUGUUCUAUGUAUCGUUGGGUUGCGUGGGGUAUGCGGCUUUCGGGAAUGCUACUCCAGGCAAUGUCCUCACCGGAUUCCGUGAACCCUUCUGGCUCGUCGACAUUGCCAACCUUGCUGUUGUUAUACAUUUGAUUGGAGCUUAUCAGUUGUACGCACAACCAAUGUUCGCCUUCUUUGAAAAAUGGCUCGGUUCAAAAUGGCCCACUGCCGGCUUCUUCCACACCGUCUACACCAUACGAUUACCGUUCGGAUCAUGCUCCUUCCAAUUCACACUAUGCAAGCUUAUCCUACGGACAGUGUUCGUAGUCUUCACAACAACGGUGGCGAUGAUGCUGCCAUUCUUCAAUGCGAUACUGGGCCUGCUAGGCGCGAUUGCAUUUUGGCCUUUGACGGUGUAUUUCCCUGUAAGCAUGUACAUGGCCCAGGCAAAGAUCAAGAGAGGAACACGGAAAUGGGUAGUCCUGCAGAGCUUGAGCAUGUUUGCUUUGAUGGUUUCACUUGUUGCUGCAGUCGGGUCUGUUGCAGAUAUAGGAGAGCGACUUAGGCAUGCUACGCUUUUUAGCAUCACGUUGUAGGUGGUUAAUGACAACGUCAUAGUUUGUUAUUUUCUUUCCAUUAAUAGCAUCAAGCUGAUGGCUGAGAUUUGCUGAGGCCAAACACGUGUAGAGCCCUGCACGUGCACUUCUGUAUACUAUCACACGUGUCAAUGUGAAACACCUAUGUGA